UCUCUGUUAAAGUCCCUCCCUCCCUCUAGUCCCAUAACGCUUCUUCGCCGGCCCCCGCUCCGUUCGUUUUGUCUUGAGAGGAGAGCGCCAGGGAGCCGAGGUACCACCUGACGUGAAACCGAUGGGAGAGGAUGCACGGCACAUGCGCACACUGGACACAUCGGACACAGCAGCCGCAACUCCGGAUGCUCUACUAUCUUCCCCGGCUGUCACCUCUCUCUCUGUGGGGUUAUUGUGGCGAUCCACACGUUACAUUCCUUUAUUGUUCGGGUCUCCUUUGUGGGGUGGUGGUGUAGGGGUCCUAGCCGGGGCCGUGGGUGUCGUUUGGAGCUAACUUUGUGCAGUUUAAGGGGGAUCCAGGCGGAAUCACAUCGGCUCUCUUCUGAAUAGUGGUGGUGCUGGUGGCGGAGGUCUGUUCAUUCGGAGGUCUGUGGUAAGCUACGGACGUUUUCUCGGUUGUAUAGCCGGUGGUGAGUCGACGUUUUGGAUGGAGAAGGUUAUUUCAGAGGUACACUCGACACGGCGGUGAGGCUGAAGAUGAGGAUUUGGAGCACGGAGCAUGUUUUCAGCUAUCCAUGGGAGACGGUGAUCAAGGCGGCAAUGAGGAAGUACCCCAACCCCAUGAACCCCAGCGUUGUGGGGGUGGACGUGCUGGACCGAGGCCUGGACACGGCGGGCCGGCUCCACAGCCACCGGCUGCUCAGCACCGAGUGGGGGCUACCCGGGAUCGUGAGAGCGAUCUUGGGAAACACUCAGACAAGGACCUACAUACAGGAGCACUCAAUAGUGGACGCCGAUGAGAAGAAGAUGGAGCUGUGCUCUACUAAUAUCACUUUGACCAACCUGGUGUCAGUGGACGAGAGGCUGGUCUACCGACCGCACCCGGAUAACCCUGAAGUAACCAUCUUGACCCAAGAGGCCAUCAUCACAGUGAAGGGCGUCAGUCUGAGCAGCUACCUGGAGGGAAUGAUGGCCAGGAGAAUGUCCGCCAACGCAAGGAAGGGCUGGGAUGCUAUUGAGUGGAUCAUUCAGAACUCAGAGCGAGAGAACAUACCGCUGUGUGACGUAGGCUAACUCUGUAGGACUGAGACGUACCUCUUCGACUUCAUCCAGUGGCCUCUACUCAGACAGACAGUGGGGGACAUCUGCCUGUCACUGUCCUUCUGCAACUCGGUUCAUGUGCAUUUUCUGGGACGGAGGAGUGUGUGUCGGUGUAGAUCUGUCCAUCCACACACUCUUCUCUCUCCUACCUCCUUUGUGACUUCACUCGGGCUACAUAGAGCUAAUCUACAUAGAUCUGCAACGCAACCUCAACUACCCAUAUUCGAUUGUCUCUUGUCAUAAGGAGUUUGGACUGGUCACAGCCUAACUAAGGCAUGGCAGAUUCCCCAUCGAUAAUUUCAUGUUUUUUUUUUAUCAUUCCUGCGUAUUAGACACUCAAUGAGCUAAUAACGCCAGCUUGAAGAUUAUGCAGAAUGCCAUUCACCAUUACUUUUUACCAUUUGUCAAUCGGUUGGUUUCAUGUAUUCGCCAGAGAGAACGCCAUCAACAGUGAAAAGGGAACCUGAGAAAUGUCUUAAUUUUUUUGCUGCAUAUCAGAAUCGCCACGGCCACAAGCCUCAGUGGAUGCAUGCGUGGGAGAGAAUAUGAGGAGGAGGCGCCUCUGCCAUUUUUACAUAUCAUCUCAUUUUUAAUUGAUCACAAUGUUCUGUAACGAUGCAUCACACAAGAGACUUCCCAAAUUGGGACGGUGAACAGAUGCCGGUGCUGAUAAUGUACAGUACAUUUCAGAGAUUUCACACAUAAUGUAUUUAGAUGCAUGAUAAUAAAUAGAGAUAAUUAUUCAAUUGUAA